UAAAAACCCCAUUUUUCUCUGGUUAAAAGAAACCCCUUUUUUGACCCACAUUUCCCAGAAAAGAACCCACUUUUUGGGCUUAGGUCUGGUGAUUCUUCUUUGGCUGGUGGCUUAAUAGCCUGGUUUUUUAGGAUGGUGAAGAGGAUUUGCUGCUUUCAGAAUAUUGUUCUCUCUGGGCUUCUUCUAGCUGUUCUAGUGUGUUCCAAGGACCAUGGGAAUUCUGCAAACGAUCUAGUUGAAAUCAUCAACAAAAACCGAACAGCUCAAAAGCUUCCCGAAUUAGGCACCAGUCCCGGCCUCGGGUGCAUUGCCUUGCAAUACGUGAAGGAAUGCUUAGAGAAUUGCACUGCUACUAACACCGUAACCUGUAGGCCUUCAGAAGACGACUUCACUGAAAUUUUCGCCCCGAAUUGUGGUGUGGAGCUGCCAACUUUCGGGACAAUAUCGGGGCGCAUUGUUGGCUGCCAAAAAGACUAUCUCGCCCCUUCGGAAGCCUUCUCACGUGUCCUCGUUCAUGACAGAGGCACGCUCUCCCUUCUGAGGAACAGAACUCACAGUGAAGUCGGGGUAGGCAUAAUCAAAGCUCACAAACGCAAAGGGCCAUACUUUUGGUGCGUUUUAUUUAGUAGCGGGAAGAGAAAUUCCACGUUCGUUCUAGACGAUCUUGGCGAGGGCAUCAAGCAGAAGACGGGAUGCUAUAGCGGAACCAACACCCCGUGCAGCAGUGCACACAAACACGGUAUGCACAACACAAUCUGGUUUACGCUUUUGCUACAUUUUACCUCGUUAGCACUAGUUUCCCCCGGGAUUACCCCAAGAAUGUGAAAAUCCCGCAAUUUCCUUAUAAAUGUCUUCCCAAAAGAACAAUCGAAAAUUCCACAAUGCAAGUUUUGACCCCGUUUUUUUCUACUUUA